AUUCUAAAGAUAUCGAUAAAUGGUCACAUUUUUGAUCAAAUUUUGAAACAAAUUUGAGUACUUAAAUUUCUUGGGAAGGAGCGAAAAUUAUGGAUAAAAUGGGAGAGGAUACCGAAACCGCCUUUAGGCGCCACCAAGCGAUCGUUCCCCAGGUGAAGCAGGCCUACAAGGACGUUAUUGAACAGAUCUUCGCGGACUUGAGUCCCUCAGAUCUGGAUUCCUGCGCCGCCAUUCUCGAGGAGCACGAAGCCUCGAGCCUGGACACGGAGCAGAUGGUGAACACCGCCCGAAAGGUCAUGACGAAGAUCGUCCUAGAUGUGAACGAGUGCUUCUUCGCCGGCAACGAUGUGGACACCAAGCUGACCACUUUGGAGAUGCUCAAGGAGCACUUCGCUCCCCACAAGGGCAAGAAGUGGAACUUCAACAGCGUGUCCCCCGAGGAACUCACCCGCCCGCUGCGCAUGAACAGCUUGGAUUUGAGUAUUCGGUUCAUGGAGCGACAGCUGAAGUCCCAGGAAAAGGAGCUUGAGAUUGCCAUGGCGAAGAGCGUGGAAAAUCGACAGCGCAUUCAGGAUGUGCAGGUUGAGCGCGUGAAAGUGGGACACUUAAUAAAAGAGAGGAUGGCCCAGUACCAGGAAAUGAAGCCUCAAUUAACCGAGAUAGAACGCUCCCUGAAUAACUUGCAUAUGCCCCCGAAAGCUUAAUUAGUUUUGAAAAUAAAGAUUAGGUUUUGAUAACCUAACUUAAAUGUUACGUCCUUAGAUAAGGUUUUCGGAUGUUGAAUAGUUACAAUAGUUACAUAUUCGAAUGCAAAUAAAAAUAAAUUUUAGAUUUACCGCCACAUGCGCAGCGUUU